AUGCGCAGUUUUCUUAAGGGUCGCAUGCUCUGGCAUUAUUGUACUGGUGCAAUCACUAUUCCUGUCAAAGGAGCAAGUGAAGAAGAUGCUGUUUUUCUUGGUCGCAUGAUUGAAUGGGAUAGUCAUAACCACAUGAUCCUCACAUGGAUUCGGAACACUUCCAUUCCCUCUAUUUUCAAUCUGUUGGACAGCUUUGAUGAUGCAAAAUCUGCAUGGGAUAUGUUGGCCAAAAGCUUCGCUUCAUUUUGGGACCAAAUUGACCUUUCUGAUCCAACUUGGGCAUGCUCAAAGGAUGCUCAGCAAUAUGCUUCCAUCAGAGAUGAAUUUCGCCUCUAUGAAUUCUUGAUGUCACUUCACAAGGACUUUGAACCCAUUCGAGGUCAGCUUCUAAAUCGCAAUCCUGCUCCCUCUCUUGAUACUGCUGUGAAUGAGUUAGGUAGAGAAGAAGCUCGUCUUGCAACCCUUCAAGCCCAGAAUAAGCUCAAUGUUUUGGCUAUUACUCCAUCUACUCCACUCAUAGAGCAACCUCAGCAAUCAAGUGAUUCCUCUGGCUCUAACAAUCGUCGCAAGCAGACCAACAAAAAGGUCUGCAACUAUUGCAAGCGUUCUGGCCACACCAUUGAGACUUGUUACCGUUGCAACAAAUCUACUACUGCUGUUGCUAAUACUGAGCCUACUCUGCCAAUGGCUUCCACCUCAGCUGAGUCCCAGUCUUCUGGAUCCACUAUCAACCUCUCCCCCACUGAACUACAGGAGAUCAUAGCUCAGGCUGUUCGUAUGGCUGCUGCUGCAGUUUCUUCCCUACCUUCUCUUACACUUUGGCAUUCUCGUCUUGGUCAUGCACCAUCUUCUCGGGUACAACAGUUAGCGUCUAGGGGUCUGUUGCGUUCUGUGUCUAAAGACAAUUUUGAUUGUACUUCAUAUGAGUCUCUUGUUCCUUCUACAAAUACUUUUGAUCCUCCUUUGGACUUCUCUCCAGAUAUUUUUGAUGCUUCUCCUAGACAGGUUGAAGAUGAACAGGCUGAAAGAGAUUGA